UGCCACGUUAAAUAAAGGAUACAAAAUAACGUGAAUGAACAACAGAGACAAAAUACAAUAUGGAAAUGACUUAAUGGGGUAUGGCCUCAUCUCCGAUGAAUGCUAAUGACAUAUGCUGAUACCCUUUUGCUGGGAAAGUUAAACGAGCAUUCAGACCAGUCUUCCAGAUUGAACUUUCGUAAACUACAUUAGAAUUCACAGAGGUUGCCUGCCCAAUACUUAACCUGCUUUCAGUCAAACCAAGCACUGGCAGACACAAGAUAACUAGCUAGAUUUAAAAAAUAAAAAAUAACUUCAUAAUAGCACUUAUUCCAUGAUCGAACGUUCUAAACACACGGUUUGGCAAUUUCCGGUCAGUCUAGUUGUUAUCGACGAUAUAACUUUACUACCACUAUGUCGCAGUUUUUUACUAGGUGUCUUCAGGACUUGCCUCAAAUUCAUAUUAAUGAUGUACAUCGAAUUGUUAAAUCAGCCUCCGAGACUCCAGCUAGCAAGAAUGAAAAGGGGUUCAAGAUGUAUAUAGGAAGCUACAUAGACAACUAUGAAGUAUCUAACAAAGAUACAUUGACAGGGGCGAUCACCGUGAGGGCUGCCUGUCACAGGUCCAUGAGGAAGAGUGAAAAGCCGCACAGCAUGAGUAGGGAAAGUCUUUCAUCAGACGUAUCUUCACAGAUGGUGUUAAAGCACUCCGUACCAGUGAUAGUGGUCCAAAGCCACUGCUCCUGUGUUGCAGGAAGUGCUCUGUGCAAUCAUCUGGUGGCCCUUCUUUACCAGACAGCACACUACUCUCAACUAAACAUUCCUGCUGCACCACCAGUUCACAGCUGCACAGACACAGAACAGCAUUGGCACAAGCCAAGAACACUUGGUGUGAAGCCAGGUCCGGUUGGUGGGAUAGAGUUCCGUAAACCUAUUAACUUGUGUGCUGAUGGAAUAAGAUGUUCUCUCUACAAAGCACUCAAUGGAUACAUGCUUGACCUGGACUCUCUCCGCGUCUCAGAAACAUAUGCCAACUUUUCUCCACUUCCUGCCCCUCUUGGGACAACAAUGGAAAUGUCAGCUGACAUGCCCCUGGUUGAGUCCUCCUUUGGGCCAGUGCAAUGCGGCAGUGUUCUGUCCUAUCAGCUUCCACAGCCAAAGACCCAUGAAAUUGUGAAGAUUGCCGAUGCCUCUUCUCCACCAAUACUUCCAUUAGAUGGCUUACAGGCUUCAGUCUUCCCAGUGUGCUUACGUCCUUAGCCAUCAGGAGCAGUUCCACCUCAAGGCAUUAGAGACAACCUACGAGAUGUCACAAAGUCGAGGUUGCUACAAGGGAGCAGAGCAGCAGCCCAGAAUUGCAUCAGCUCAGGAAAAUGAGAAUAACAUCCUCUCGUUUCCAAGAGGUUUGCCAUGUCUGGGGCGAGACCUCAGCUGACCACCUAGUGCACCCAGGUGCUCCGUGGUUAGGAUCCUCUCCAGGUGGAAUCAUAUUUGAUCCCAGUGUGAGACCACACUUUGGACUCUUAGAGGUCAAGUUAUGUUGACUGCCCUUACCUAAAGAUACAGAAUGGAGAGCUGAAGUUGAAGAGAUCUCAUGCUUACUACUGGCAGGUGAAAGGUCAAAUCCUUCUCACAGGUUGUAGCUGGUGUGACUUUGUCAUCUGUGCACAGGAGGACAUUCUAGUUGAAAGGAUAUUUAAAGAUCUACAGGUUUAAAAAGCUAUAAGAGAGAAGGUUGACCACUUAUUUUUACCACUACUUGCAGAAGUGUCUCUCGCACCUGAAUGGAUCCCCUGCAUGGGUGCCAAGUUUAGUGGUUUUAUGAAAAAUAAGUAUUGAUGUUCUUGUGAAGAAAUCUAUAGUAGAAUAGAUUUGUUUUAAAACAUGUAUUUCAGCAAAUGUUCAACAGUUCAGUUAAUCAAUUACACAUUUCUAACAUUGUAUUCAAUCUUGCAUUCUGUCUGUACUGUGUUUACUUGAUUUCUUUCCCCCACCCCUGUUACUCAUUGCCUAAUUAAAGCCAAUACAAGCUCCACACAAACUGAUAUUCACUACAACACAAAUGAUUGAUACAUGUCAUAGAUAAACAAAUUAUUAUUUUGCUGCUAGCAAAUAAACACAUGUACAUUUACACUGGCUUGGACCAUACUCUGGACCGGAUCAGAGACGGCACAGUCCAUAGGCAGCGCACCUUGUUCUUCAUCCCCCUCAGUCGGAGCAGGACGUUUCAGUCUUCUUUCCCAAACACCAGAUCUCUUUUGAAUUUGCCAGUUUCAUGCGAAGACAGUAGGAACAACACCUCUUUUUAGGUAUUGUCCCCGAACCCCCCCCACACAUUUUUCCCUCAACAAGGUCACUCUCGACGAAAUGUGUACUACACACCUUUGUGUGUUUGGUGACAGUAAAGUUGUCACGACGUACUGCCCCAACCACCUUUUUCUGAGCUCUACAUCGACUGGGAAACGAUGGAAGCUCACAAUACCAUUACAUUUGGAAGAAACUGAACACAGAGACACUGAACAAUGUUCAUUAGCACCUCCUUCGCGGGGCUGUAAUUUAAACGUAGUAAUUGCGAACUAUUUCAGCCAGAAAUGCAUCGACGACAGCUAGUAAGCUAAUGAUAAAAACAAUAGCGGAAGUCAUCAACCCGGUCUGAAGUAAAUUAGAACGUUGGAGGCGGAAUAAUGCAUUUAGCCUAUUACCAGCUACUGUAGCUGGAUGCGAGUUGACUCACUGAGUAUCGUGAAUACAGCGUUAGCGUAACUGCGUUCAAACAGGGCUGCAAUGAAAACGAAUGGGCCUACAACUAAUAUGUUAGCGUCAAACUUUGACAAGGCAAUGGACAAAUAGUAUUUGAGACAAGCUGAAAAAACAGACCUCUUCUGGCGCAAUAUUUACUUUGUUCCGUGUUACGACGUAUCGUACGUAGUUUAAUGUACAAACAACGACCUAGCUAUACGUAAUGUGUAGCCAAUUUAGAUAGCUACAGUAAUAACAGCCCGUUUGUACCACUGACGUAUAUGUUUCGAUUAGCAUUCGAACCACAUUGAUUAUGAAACAUUGAGAAUAAUGACAAAGAUGAUGGUAGCAAACGCAUGAGCAAUCAACAUUAACCCAGUUAACUAGCUAGUAUGCAGGGUCGUCACUAGUUACCACAGCCAUAAACCCUGCCAUAAAAUGGGAUUUUAAACCUAACCUUGUGCCUAACCGUAAAUUCAUUUGAAGUUUUCAUGAAUUCUUAUAGCCAAUUUUGACUGUUUGUGCCAUCUAUUCUUAUAGCCAAUUUGGACUGUUUGUGCCAUCUAGUGGAAACCAGUAUAGUAUGCAGUUGCCUGUCAGCUAGCUAACGAACCAAUAAUAUGCAGAUGGCUGACUAACAAUAAACCUGCCUCUGCUCCAUCUGUGAAUCAACCAGGGUGAACAAACAGUUUCAAGUUUUAAAGUCACGUGCACAAGUACAGUGAAAUGCAUUUCUUGCAAGUUCUAAACCCAACAAUGCAGUGGUCAAUAUCAACGUAGUACUAAAAUAACAAGUUAGAACAAAAACACGACACAUAAAUAAGAUGAACAUGAGAAAGUAAGAAGCUAUGAUACAGGGUCAGUUCCUAUACC